AUGCCUUCUUAUCCUUAUCCUCACAUUUCACAAUUAGAUGUUUCUGACAAUUACUUAACUGGUCAAAUUCCUACAAAUUUAGAUAUGAUCUUUCCAAGCUUGGAGUUUGUCGACAUGUCCAAUAAUAUGAUUGAUGGUCGUAUUCCUCUUGGUUUUGGCAAUAUCAGUUCUUUACGGAUGAUAGACCUAUCUAACAAUCGUUUAGAUGGAGGAAUACCAGAACAUCUGCAAAUGGGUCUUUCCUCCUUGGAGUUGCUCAAACUAUCAAAUAAUUACUUGCAUGGUCAAAUAUUUGGCAAUCUUCUCAACCUGGUUCAAUUGGGGGCGUUAUAUUUGGACAACAAUCACUUUCUUGGAAACAUAUCAGACUGCUUAUCAAAUGCCUCUACGUUGACGGCGGUGGAUAUUUCUAAUAACCGUUUGUCUGGCUUCCUUCCCAAGUGGUUCGGGAAUGUAUCGGCUUUAUCGCAAAUAAGUUUGGCCAAAAAUCACUUUGAAGGCCCCAUUCCAUUGGGAUUUUGCAAACUUAAUUAUCUUCCGUUUUUGGAUUUAUCUGAGAAUAACUUGUCAGGCUCUGUGCCAGCUUGCUUCAACCCUUCAUCCAUAAUGCAUAUCCAUCUGAAUAAAAAUAGAUUGAGUGGUCCAUUGACUCUUGCAUUCUAUGACAUCUCCCAAUUGGUGACAUUAGACCUUGGAGACAACAGGUUUACUGGUGAAAUCCCGAAUUGGAUAUGCCAACUUUCUAGAUUGAGGGUUCUUAUCUUGAAACGUAACAAUUUUGGAGGCAACAUUCCCAGUCAAUUAUGCCAGUUGCAAGAAUUAAGCAUGAUUGAUCUUUCUCAGAAUAGACUUUCUGGUCCUAUUCCUCAUUGCCUGUCUGACAUCACUUAG